GGUUUGGACGUGCGGCGUCCGAUUUUCCGGAGAAGGAGGUUGUAGUGGUCACAGUUACAAUUAGAGUCAAGUUUCCGAUGAAUCACGUUGAAGAGAAGUAGAGUAAAAAUCCGAAAAAAAAAACAAGAGUAAAAACUACUACCACGACUUUCGUAGACAAAAAAUAUUCGCCCUCAUCACCGAAGAAAGUCCAUCAGAAUGAAGCGAACCGAAGAGCAAGCCCUACUGUGUUCCACGACUUCGGACCACACAAUGGCCAACAACAUCGCUGCUUCCGUCGAGCCGGCGUUGAAGCGGUCUCGCAUUCUCUGUUGCAACUGCGGUAUGCAGAUGGAGAGCAACAGCACGGGGAUGUGUCUGAACUGCAUGCAGAGUACGAUGGACAUCACCGACCACCUGUCCCGGUCUAUCGUGCUCCCCCACUGUCGCGAGUGCAACCGGUACCUCGGCGAUUCCCGGUGGAUGACAUGCGAUCGGGAGUCCAAGGAGCUGCUCGCACUGUGCUUGAAGAAGAUCAAGGGCUUGAAGAAGGUCAAGCUGACAGACGCGGCCUUCAUCUGGACCGAAGAGCACAGCAAGCGGUUGAAGGUGAAGCUGACUUUGCAGAAAGAAAUCGACGGAUGCAACGGCGCGGCGUUGCAACAGGAGCUAGUGAUCGAGUUCGUGAUUCACAAUCAUCAGUGCGAGGACUGUAAGCGAAGUUACACGCCACACACGUGGAAGGCGGCAGUGCAGGUACUGAUCAUGUAGAUGACUUUUAGUACGUUUUUUUCUGUUGGUAUCUACUUAUCCACUAUUCCUAUUGUUGCAUUGGAUUUGCGCCCGUAGCGGGGGCGAUGAAUGUGCCGCUACUUCGGUGUGCCUCGCUGGACCUGGUUUGAUCACCACUGAACUUACUUUGAAAAUAAACUUCAGGUGCGACAACGAGUGGACCACCGGCGCACCUUGAUGCACCUGGAACAGCUGAUUUUAAAGCACGACGCCCAUGAGAAGCUUCUCUUUCUUCAGCAAUCGCCCGAGGGGCUGGAUUUUCACUUUCUUAGUCAGUCUCACGCGCACCGGUUUGCGGACUUUGUGCGGCAGUGGGCCCCCUGCAGACACGAGAACAGUCGGACGCUGGUUUCCCACGACACGAAAAAUAACAAGUACAACUACAAGUACACCAUUAUGGUGUACUUGGCGCCCAUCUGCAAGGACGACUUAGUGUUUUUGCCGAAGAAAUUGGCAGCGAAUUACGGACUCGCUGGUCAGCUUCUGCUCGUGCACAAGGUAUAACAAUUCUGCUCUGGGUCAUUGCGCUUCGCAUAAAUAGAAGUUGUAGAGUGUCUGUCUAGUGAGCAAGACUUUUGAAUUAUGAGGCUCUUUGUGUUUUUCUCACACCAGGGAGACAAAUGAAUCGCUCACUACUCUAUCACAACUACCAGGUCGGCACCCAAAUUUCUCUGGUGGAUCCGACCUCUCUCCUGGGUUGUGAUGUUGCGGGCGUGAAGUACUGGGAAAACCCCUGCGAGACGGUGAUGACGAGAAAGCAUUUGACGGAGUUCGUUGUGCUGGACAAGGAGCCGCUGGAUUACUCGCAAAGAAAUGUGUCCGUGAAGAACCGGGGCCCGCGGGCACACAUGCAACUUGCCGACAUCGAGGUUGCCCGCGUCUGCGACCUCGGCGUGAAUGACGAACGAAUCCGGGUCAGGUCGCAUUUGGGUCACUUGGUGGAGGCCGGCGACCACGUGCUCGGGUAUGACAUGCGCACUGUGAACGUGAGUGGCGAGGACGACGACAAGAUCGGCAGUGUCAAGCCCGAGAACCUCCCGGAUGUUAUUCUCGUCAAGAAAAAGUACCUCGCCUCCACGGCCCGUCGGACCGCGAAGCGAAAAUUUCAGCUGCGUCGUCUUGCCGUGCAGGACCAGGACAUGGCAAGAGGGGCCCGGGCUGCGAAGAUGGCAACCGAAGAACGGGACUUCGAGCAGUUCCAGCAAGACAUCGAGGAAGACGAAGAUUUGAGAAAAGACGUGAAACUCUACCGCCGGGGCAAAUUACUGAAAAACCAGCAGGACAGUGGGAGGAACAAAUUUGAUGCCCUUGGGGAACAAGCGAAUUCGGGCGAGACAGGAGAGGAGAACGACGAUACGGAGAAACAGACCGCGGCAGACAGCGACGAGGACGACGAGCUGCCGGACGUGCCAAUAGACGAGCUCAACGAACUGAUGGGAGCCUUGUGCGUCACCGGCGGUGGGGCAGCGAACGAUGACGAAGAAGGAGAUGAGCUGUCCGACGACCCGGACUUGUGAGAGCGAAACUAGCAUUGCAUUUGCAGCAUUGACGCAUUCGAAUACCAAAUACAUGAUUUCUACAAGCGCGAUACAAGAACAUCAGCAAGCGUUCACUUUUUCUGCCCGAUUUAAUUGAAGCUCUCUAUGAAAGAUGUUCGUUGUCGCUCUUGGUGUUUCUCGUCCAGCAGAGGUGUGAGUUCGGACAGCAAAGAGCGACGAGUGAGUUGUUGGAGCGAAGCGCGUAGUGGAGACUCGUGGUACAACGAGAUUGAUACAUGCGUAGUCAUAGAACUCCUUCAGAGUGUUUUCGACACCGCGAUGAAUCACCUCGACCGUGAAAAA